GCGUUAGAGAGAGAGAGAGAGAGAAGGAGGGCGACGACCGGCGACAGAUGGGUACAAGCGGACUGGUGGGUACAUUUGGAGAGAGAAAAGUUCCCAAAGGCGACUAGAAAAAAGACCAGCGACUGGACUAGUACCGUCUUGUGAAAAAACCUUUUUGACGCUUUUUGGACAGAUCCACCCUGAGCAAAAGACACGGGUAGAUAGAGAGGGGUAGAAAAAAAGGAACAACGGAGGGAUCAGGCACAUGAAAUAGAGAGAGAGAGAGAGAGAGAGACAAAGAGACAAAGAGAAAGAAGGAAGACGAGAGAUAUAUACGAACGGCAAAAAGCGAGGGAGGGCUGUGGUUGCAGGCCGAGCAGCACAAGCAGACCAGAUUUAUUCCAGUACGGGGAGACUCAACUCAACGGCAGGUGGAUUCACCUUGACCCGCUGGAGACACCUGACCCGAGGACCUCCACCGCUGGGCCCCAAAAUUGGACAGAAAACCUCCGAUGCCGGCCCUUCGUUUCUCUCUCUCUCUUGUCACGCCUUUGACUUUUGGGGGACAACGUUCAAGAUGAACUCUUGGCACUUGGCAAGCGCGUGAUUGGAGAUUGCGGGACGAGUACGUGUGUUGUGUGAGUUUGGCCGUAGGGACGUCGUCUCGCCGAUUUCAGAGACGGGACGCCGGAGUCGGUUUUUACAAACCUGUGAGUGAGGGGUAGACUGCUUCUCGACUGGGUUGUGGUUUCACUGACACGGAUCGGACUGAGUCAUACGAGCAUCCUGCCGCAAGUCUUUUUUUUUGGUGGUGGUCUGGACUUGGUGAGGGACAGGUCAGUCCCCCUGCUCAGACGAGAGGCUGUGAAGUGACAGCUGUCGAGGUUGCGGUUUGGAUGCUGUCCCGAAGAGCCAGAUCUGUAAUCUGGGUGUGAACAGGGGUGGAUAUACGCUCUCUCUCUCUGUCCCUCACUUGCCUCAGUGUGGUUCUGGUUCUCUGAGUCAGAACGUGAUCCAGGUCUUUUCUGUGGUCCAGGUCCAGUCGUGCCAGUUGAGUGAGGUGAUCUUGUUUGGUUUUUCCGAAUUCUUUUGUUGUUUUUUUUUUUUUUUCUAUUAUUUUUAUUAUUUAUUUUCACAUUUGGGAGUUUUUUUUGAGGGGGGGAGUUCUGGUGUCUGUCCGGAUCCAUUUGGAGCGACAGAUAUGGAGCUGUGGAGGCAGUGUACCGGAUGGCUGAUCCAGUGCCGGGUGCUGCCUGAGAACCACAGGGUGACCUUACCAAGUGCACAGUUAUGUGAGCUGGCCCAUGCGUUGAGAGAUGGCGUUCUUCUCUGUCAGCUCCUCAACAACCUACUGCCUCAAGCCAUCAACCUGCGAGAGAUCAACCUCAGGCCACAGAUGUCACAGUUCCUGUGUCUGAAGAACAUCCGCACGUUCCUGGGGGCGUGUCAGGAGCGCUUCGGCCUGAAGAAGAGCGAGCUGUUUGAGGCCUUCGACCUGUUCGACGUGCGCGACUUUGGCAAGGUGAUUGACACCUUGUCCAUUCUGUCCCACUCCUAUGGUGCAAUCCAUGCCGGCUACAGGCCAUUCCCAGAAGAAGACUGUGUUGGUGAUGAUGAUAUCUACAGUGGCCUGUCAGAUCAGAUUGAUGACACAGUGGAGGAGGAUGAUGACCUGUAUGACUGUGUGGAGGACGAGGCAGAGGAGGGGGACGAGAUCUACGAGGACCUGAUGAGGACUGAGGAACCACCUGAUGUGCAACAGAAGGUUGAAGUUGACAGACGAAGCUGCUGCCUUCAAGAAAUAAGACAAACAGAAGAGAAAUAUACUUCCACACUGGAGUCUAUCCUACAGCACUUUAUGAAGCCUCUUCAAGCCUUCUUGAUGACAACAGAAAUUGAAAGCAUAUUCAUCAAUGUUGAGGAGCUAGCAAUCAUGCACCGUGGCUUACUGAGGGAGGUCCUGACGGCCAUGUCAAGCCCAGGAGCUGAGACCCUCUACCUGGUCUUCAUCAAGUACAAAGAGAGGUUACUGUUGUAUGGGCGCUACUGCAGCCAGGUGGAGUCAGCAACUAAACUCCUGGACAAGAUGGCGGGUCAGAGAGAAGACCUGAGAAUGAAGUUAGAGGAGUGCUCCAACAGGGCCAACAGUGGGAGGUUCUCCCUCAGAGACCUGCUCAUGGUCCCCAUGCAACGAGUGCUCAAGUACCACCUGCUAAUCCAGGAGCUGAUGAAACACACUGUGAACCCAGCUGACAAAGAGAACUUACGGAGCGCUCUGGAUGCCAUGAAGGAUCUGGCUCAGUGUGUGAACGAGGUAAAGAGGGACAAUGAGAUCAUGAAACAGAUCACCUCCUUUCAACUUUCCAUAGAAAACAUGGCAACAUCCCUUGCACUAUUUGGACGUCCCAAGAUAGACGGUGAAAUAAAAAUCUGCUCCUCGGAAAAGAAGUCGAAGCAGGACAGAUAUGCAUUCCUGUUUGAUAAGGCCAUGGUGAUUUGUAAAAAGAAGUCUGGGGAUAACUUUGAGAUGAAGGACCUCAUUGAACUGCAACACUACCAGCUCAGGGAGGAGAUAGCAGAAAAAGACAACAAAAAGUGGUCCCACUGUUUCCUGUUGAUAGAUUACCACGGCCAUUUUGGUUAUGACCUGUUCUUCAAGACCAGAGAACUGAAGAAGAAGUGGAUGGAGCAGUUUGAGAUGGCCAUGUCUAACAUGAGCCCAGAGAACAGCAAUGCUAAUGGCCAUGAGUUUCAGAUGCAUUGCUUUGAAGACACCACUUCCUGUAAAGCCUGCCAGAUGUUGCUCAGGGGUAUAUUCUUUCAGGGCUACCGCUGCACACGAUGUAAGAUGGCUGCCCAUAAAGAGUGUCUGGGAAGAGUUCCUGUAUGUGGACGAAAUUCAGGUCUGCCUAAAAUGGAGGUAUGUGAAGAGUACUACGGUCUGCCGCCGCCCCCUGUGGCUUUUGGCCAACCACUGCACCUCUCUCUGGGUGAUGUCAUCGAGCUGACACGGGCAGAGGUGGAGCUACAGUGGUGGGAGGGCAGGAAUGUGACAGUAGGUGAGAUGGGCUGGUUCCCCUGCAACAAAGUGCAGCCCUUCAGGCCGACCCUUGCACCUGAUCUCUCUGGAUUCCCCUGGUUUGCCGGAAACAUGGACCGUUCUGCAGCUAAGAACCUUCUGCAGUCCCGAUCGGACGGAACCUUCCUGGUCCGACAAAAAGAUGGCGGGGAGUUUGCCAUCAGCAUCAAGUUUAAUAUGGACAUCAGGCACAUCAAGAUCACGUCCUCUGAGGGCCUCUUCCGCAUCAAUGACAAGAAGGCUUUUAAGGCCGUCGUGGAAAUGGUUGAGUUUUAUCAGCAGAACUCUCUAAAGGAGUACUUCAAGGAUGUGGACACACGGCUUUUGCUUCCUUACAAACUCCCAGAGCAGACAGGAGGCCCACUUGCCCAGCCAACAAGACCAGAACGUUCCAGCGCCCGUUUCUUCGGCAUGGCGAAGGUGCGCUACGACUUCUCAGCGCGGGACCGCUCAGAGCUGUCAAUGCGAGAGGGCGACACCGUCAAGAUCAUCUCCAAGAAGGCCCACAACGGCUGGUGGAAGGGAGAGGUGUACGGACGGGUGGGACUCUUCCCUGCCAAUUACGUGGAGGAGGAAAACUCGGACUACUGCUGACAGAUCCCUAGCCUGCACCCCCUCAAGAAGGUUCAUCCAUAGAAGAUUCCAGAACACGUUGUUUUUAGUCAAGAUGUCAACCUCUUCAAGGUUAAUUAAAGGGGAACUUAGCCAUUCGUUGAUUGGAAGUGAACAUGAUUCAUCCAAGCCUUGAUUUGUUGACCUUUAUGUUUUUUUUUUUGCUGAACUUGAUUCUCGCAGAUAUAACUACUCAUCUCGACUCCCAGGAAAACUGAGUCACGGAGUCUUGCUCUGACAAGGUUGCUUCAGUGUCCGCUGCGUUUGUGUCGGCGGACCAUUUGAGUGAGCCUAGUUCAGCUGUAUUAGUUUCAUCUUUGCAGGACAGAUACACUGCUAACUUGAGCCUGACAGUGUAUCAGUGCACUUCAGUUCAUUGUAGGCUAUGAAUUUUUAAUGCAAAGAAAAUAAAUGGGGAAAAAAAAGAAAAAAAAAAAAACUUGUGUAAGAAGUUUUGAGCAUAAGAAUGUUUCAAUGAUGUUGCUACGUUUGCGUUUCUGUAUGUAUAUGAGUGUGUAUGUAUCUGUGUGUGUACUGAAAGGAUGAGGUAUUUAUGUGAUUUAUGUAGUGUGUCACUCUUAAAACGAUUCAAAGUAAUAUUUUCAACAUUAGGAUUGCUUUUUCACUGUUACGGUUGCAAAAUCAUGGUAAAUUCCCGUUGAGGAAGAAAGGUGCUGGGAAGAGAAAUAAAAUAUAUAUAUGUA